AUGAGCGCGCCUCACAUGAAUCGCCCGUUGAACUAUUUCCAGCAGAGCCCAGUGCGUGGACAGCUGGAGCAUCCAGAUGGAUACUCGAAAACAGGGUGGCGCUACCUGCAGUGUACAGACACGCCCAAUGAGCUGAGGGUAUUGCUACCGCCGAAGACAGCGACGAUCUAUGGCCACCUCCUCCAAGCAGAGCUUGAUGAGCUCGAUAAGGGCAGGGACGCUUCAUGGGACAACAUCCUCCAAAUCCGCCACCUCAAAGACCGAAUCAUCCGCAAAUGCCAGCGGCUCGCGCAAGCAUCCAGAUCGACGGGAUCGGCGAGCGUAAAGUCGUCCGCCCGCUCCGUGUUUUACACCGUGCACGCCCCGCCGGACUUCAGACUGAAAGAGAUGGAACGCUGGUUCAAGGCGCAGGGCGGCGAGUCUGGUGUGAACCGCGAUUCUGCGCCCGCACAUGACCGUCCUGCCGCCUCGUGUAGCUGUGAGCAGUGCAACCCGUCAAAGCCGGUUAGACAGGGCGGGGGCCACCAGAUGAGGCGGCCGUCCACGGGCGCACGGAGCCGUCCGACUGGACCAAGUGCUGUGGAGCGUGUCCAGAUGAGACGAGCUCAGUCGGAAAGCCAGUCUACGACAUUAUUGGAUCCAAGUAUCGCUCCCAAGAAGCCACAAUACAGACGAGCAUAUUCAGACGCAUACAAGACCGCUGGACUCAUGGCUCGGCAGUUCCCCCAACCUCAUCAAGCUACUCAACCUCGACAGAAGCCUGUCGGUCGCAAGAAGUCGGUAUCCGCUGACGUUGCGUCCGAGCCGCACUCCAAUCGCCUGAAGCCGAAUUCCCCCGAGCCCAUACCCAUCCCGUAUCGCGCAAGGAACACUGAAGCGGAUGCCACCGCCAUGGCAGACUCGCCGCAAUCGACGCUGCCCGCCUUGGACGAGUUCUCCCCCGUGGCGUUGCCCAAGGAACCUACAGUGCCAUCCUCACCGAAUGGUCAAGUCUUGUCCCCCAUAUUCGAGGGUUCUGAAGGAAGAGAGGCCGCGGAAGUGUCGCAACGAGCUAUUCCUCGGCGGCGGAGCAGCUUCAAGAGGGCUAACAGCUUGAACAGGCUCAGCGUGGCGAGCCAGACAAAGUCUGUCGCAUGGGCCAUGGAUCGCGACUGGAUCGAACAGAUGGAGAGCUACAUGAAGGCUGCCAGCGAAGCUGAGGACUUGGGCCUGGGACUCGACGCGCUCCGCGCAGGAUACCAGAAAGAGGUCGAGGCGAUGCGGCGCCUGUGCCGGAACGUAGUAGAUGCAUCGGAGCGCAUCCGCCAGGAGAUGGAGAAGCUGCAGCGCGACGAGGAGGCGGUGCGCAGGCAGGAAACCAAGCUGCUACAUGCGUUCGAGCAGCUCGAGCGGAAGGAGAGUCUGUUUCGCGACAGAGUUCUCUCAGUCCUUGAAGAGACGAAGUGCGUUGUGCACUUGUGUGACAAGAAACGCGAGAUGCACGAGAUCUAG